AUGCCUUUCUUUACUCGCGUUUUUCGCAGUAAGGAUGCCAACACCCCCAAGAAGAACGCCAAAACCUCCGAGGUAGAGGAUCAGGGCCCCGCAAAGCCCACAUGGACAGACGCGUGGCAGCGAACCGCAGUUGCCCCAGAAGAAGUCCAGGAGCUAUUGCACGGAUGUACUCAGGAAUUGAAAGCACGAGCUCUCCAAACUCCCUUCCUUCUUCUACCGUUCCGUCCAAGCUCUGACGCCAGCGCCGCACGCACCUUCAUCCGUAACUAUUUCAACCAGUCCGUGGAGAAAGGCUCGCCGGUGAACGGAGAAGCAUUGGCACAAGAUCUGCGGCUGUCGGACCCAAUCGUCAUAUGUAGUGUGCUGAAAUGGUGUUGGAGCAGACUCCCAGGUGGUGUCGUGACCUGGGAAGCUUAUGAAUUGUUCAAGGUUGGCGAACAAGACUCUCAGUUCGCUCGCGAUGCGUUCUCCACUUUCAUCCCGAUUAGUGUUGAUUCAGACGCUCGGGCGAAGAUCAUCACCGACUUCUUCGACCUGCUCGCUGCUGUUGCGGCGCAUGGUAAAUCGAAUGGCCUUGGUGGCCGCAAACUGUCUCGCUAUGCUGGAUGGUGGGCUUUUGACCACGCAGAUACAGGCAGUGGCUUCGAGGCCGCCUACAAGAACUGGGCCAGCGCGGCGGAUGCGACAAGCCAUCUGUUUUUCGCCUAUCUACGCUCCUUAUCGCCAGAACCCCGUGGGAUCAACUCCAUCUCCUCCCUACCUAUUGCUCUGCAGAGCUUGAUUCAGGGAACGGAAUAUCCGCCGGAGACGCCCACUCUUCUUCAGGUCUCGACGACGAAGGUGGUGAUGAUUGUUGACACAGUCUCCCCUACCCCCUUCGCUCUGCUGCGGCGCGCAAAGAACUUCGAGUACAGAGACAGUGACCGGCACCUGCAGGAAUUUGCUGGCUUCGACGACCCUGUUCGCGCGCUCACUGACGAAUGUCUCCGUGUACUGAAAUCUAUUGCCUCAACUAAUCAGUCCGCAGCGACAGAUUCGGACACUACCACCCGAGAUGAAGCCUCGUGGUCAAGGUUCGAAGAUUUUGGCUUUGGAGGCGCACUUGAGUCGGAUUCCACCAACGAUGCAAACAAAUUCAGUCUACCCAGAAAUGACUUUGGCAGUCUGAAAUCCGCUCCCCAGUCUGGUACUGGAGAUCUGGGCCGGCCCACCACCCCCUCCUGGGCGGAUUUCAUGUCCUCAGGCUUUGGUGAUGAGACCGCUCUCAAAGGACCCGGUGGCCCCUUGCUGUUGCCCCCGGACAAGAUUCUUCCUCCUUUAUCUACGGUCCGUGUUCAGAGCUCGCAGUCGCACAAACGCAGCUUGAAUGACGAACCCCUAACGGAGCCGGCUGAAUUAGCAAGCAUCACUACUCUGGAUCUGGAUGACUCUUUCUGGUGGGUUUGGAUCAGUAGCUUGGCGGGUGAAGAACCGACCAACCGAAAAGCGGUAUUUGGACGCUGCGCGUUACUCGAGACCAUUAUCAAAGAUGCCAAGUGGCUGGUGCUGGAAGAACAAGUGAAGGGGGCCGCUCCUGAGCCUGAUCCCGGUGCAUAUAUUGCCGAGAAGAAGCGGUUCUUCGGCUUCUCCACUCGAAAGAAGGGUGUUACGCGUCGCAAGUCCUCAGCCAAGAAGGUCAGCUCGAUGGAAGAGUCCUACAAACGAGCAGAUAAUACAGCACCGACAAGUAAGACUAGUAUCGCUCCGGAUCAGCAUGCCCGCAUUCAGGCGGCUGCCGCUGCCCUUCAAAAGCGACACCGUGAGGAACAAGAAGCUGCCAACGCCAGAACCAAUGUGCCCCAAGAUGCGCGAUAUUCCACCAAGACGAACUCCAUCAUGACUCUGCAGCCGUCGAUCAUGAAUGAGGCAUCUCAGGCUAUGAAAUGGGCAACCAAUUAUGACAAGAAUACUUACCGCAGCGCCUACCUAAGCAACAGCCGUGCGGGCACAGGUUCCUUGGCAGACGACGUGAAGGAAUCAACAGAUGACCAGCCCAGCACUCCGACGUCGCUAGCGCCGAGCACCACUCGUCAGGCGCCCCCGCCUCUGCCAAAGGACACCCCGGCCAGCUCCCCCAAACCCGCAGUACCCAGAAAAGAGAUUCCUGCUAGCGACUCUACUCCCAACGCUAGUCGGAAUGGUAGCACCAGUGCUGCGGCUGAUCUGUCGACGACAGAGUCUCUUCCCAAGCAAUCAAUGGAUUCAGAUGAAUCCAGGCAGAAGCUCAAGAAGAAGACGGGCAACACAGGGUUCAAGAACAUGUUCGGGACGAUCAAAAAGAAGAGCGAGCCUGAACCCAAGCCACCAGUGAAGAUCGCUCCCGCUGGAGGCUCGGCUGUUGCAGCAGCUCGUGCUGCCCUCGAGGAUAGAGCGAGAGCAGCCCAGGAGCAUCCUAUCCGCCCAGCAAAUAAUACGUUGAAGAAGAAGCCUGUACCGCUGGCGCCAGCUGCAGAGAUUAUCAAGGCCAACGUAGAGGCCCCGAAAUCUGAUGUGGAGCCUGUUAUCGAAAAGAAGGAACCUGAGAUUGCUCCCGAUGCUCAAGCUUCUGUGCCGACUACUAAAGCCCCCGAAUCGCCGGACAAUCAACCUAAGAUUCGCCGCCAAGCCGAGUACGACGCGCUCUCUCGUAUCGACACGAAAGAGCGAGCCGCUGCCGACCAAGAGUUCUCCCAAUUCGAUCAAGGCCCUCUAGUGGAACAGCCGGCCUUCGUCCCCGAAUCCCCUGUUUCUGAAGAAUUUACCGAUGCUUCGGCGCAUGCCCCGGGUGACGAGCCUGUCUCUCCACCCAAGCCGGUCCCAUCCUCGUACGACCGUUGGGCUCAGAUCCGCCAGAAUGCCGCCGACAGAGCCGCCCAAAUGGAGGCUCGCAAGGAGAACGACUACACUAGCGAUGACAACACGAGCGAAGAAGAGAGUUUUGAGACGCGCGCUGCUCGCAUCAAGGCCAGAGUAGCCGAGCUGACUGGCAACAUGCAAGCCGCCAAUCAGCCCUAG